UUGAUGGAGAAUAGAUCUGGAGGGAAUGAGUUCAUCCUUACAGGAUUAACAGAUGUUCCAGAACUUCAGAUACCUCUCUUCAUCAUGUUCACUUUCAUCUAUCUCAUCACCCUGGUAGGAAACCUGGGUAUAGUAGCACUAACUUCCUGGGAUUCUCAUCUCCACACCCCCAUGUACUUCUUCCUCAGUAACCUCUCUCUGGUGGAUUUUGGCUAUUCCUCAGCUGUUACUCCCAAGGUGAUGGCUGGGCUCCUCACAGGGAACAAGAUUAUUUCCUAUAAUGGAUGUGCAGUACAAUUAUUCUUCUUUGCGGUCUUUGCUAGUAGUGAAUGUUUUCUCUUAGCUUCCAUGGCCUAUGAUCGCUAUGCAGCUAUAUGUAAACCCCUACAUUACACCACCAUCAUGACAUCAAAUUUAUGUGCACAUCUGGCUAGGUGUGUCUACAUAUGUGGCAUUGCAACAGCCUCUAUUCUCACAGGAAACACAUUCAGCCUUUCCUUCUGUAGAUCCCAUGUAGUCCAUCACUUUUUCUGUGAUAUCCCCCCACUCUUAGUUAUCUCUUGCUCUGAUAUUCACAUCUUUGAGUCAUUGAUAUUUAUUUUAGGAUUAUUCAAUUCUUGUUUCCCAAUUCUUGUAAUUUUUACUUCUUACUCAUUAAUCUUCAGCACCAUCCUGAAGAUCCGUUCUGCUGAAGGCCGCCAGAAAGCCUUCUCCACCUGUGCUUCCCAUCUCACAGCAGUGUCUAUAUUUUAUGGAACAAUCAUCUUCAUGUACUUUCAGCCCAGCUCAAACCAUUCAAUGGACUCAGACAAAGUUGCAUCAGUGUUCUACACCAUGAUCAUUCCUAUGUUGAACCCUUUGGUCUAUAGUCUUAGGAACAAAGAAAUCAAGAAUGCUUUCAGAAAAGCUAUGAAGGGGAAACAAUAUCAAUAG